AUGAAAAGAACAUUUUAUUUAUAUAAAAAAUUUAGUGCAUUACACCAGAUACAUGAAACAUUUAAAAAUCUUGAGGGGAGACAUAAAAUGAAGGCACCACCUGAGGAAAAUAAAGCUAUACGGGGCACCUCUAAAACUCAGGAACUCUGCGAGAUCUUGCAAAAACGACUGAAGAGGGGUGAAGACAAUAAUGUUAGCCACUUGGAACAUGAAGGUAUAAUUUAUGAUGAUUCCCAGAUUAUUAGUGAACUCCUUAGAGAGUGGUUAUCCAAUGAUACCAAAGUGCAUCCGUCCCCAAUUCUCGACAUAACCUGA